AUGGCGUUGACGGAGGAGGACACCAAGAUUCGCCACAUGCUGAAAGCGAUGCUCAAGGCAGGACUGCGUCAAGCUUACCCAGAGCUCGAGCGUGAUGCUCUUUCAGAGAUCGUUGCCCAGUGCGGCAAUGUCAUGAAGAAGGGGAUUUUGAAGGCCAAGACCACCAACGUCUGGUCCCUGUCUGAUGACAUCCGGAAUUACAUCUACAAGUUGGCCAUCACACCCGCCGAGGACAAUGAGUCUGAUCGGAAGCAAUACAGUUGGGUCGAUGGCAAGCCCGUCAUUGUGCUGCAAAGCUUCUACGCGGACAAGUAUGGCUGGGACCCUGAUCUUGAGGGCACGUGGUGGUUGCAGCCAGCAAUCACGAAAGUAAACCGACGAAUGAGGGCAGAGGCACUGCCGCUGUACUAUGGCACGACCGCGUUUGUGGCGUAUGGUGCUGGCUACAAGCAGCAGUUCAGUGCCGACUUCUGGAAGCGUACAAGACACAUCGGCGACAACAUGAGGUUCAUCAAACACUUCAGUGUUCUGUACGCGGAACUCAUAGAGACAAACGCUGAGUCACGGAAAGGUGUCAAGCGCAACACGAUCGAAGAACUCGUGCGUGCCGAUGGCCCCUGUGGUCGAGAUAAGGGCGUUCCACGUUCCGCCAUCAAGGUCAAGAUUUUGCACACGACUGAAGAGACGAGGGUAAUAAAAGUCCUUGCCAGGCACUCACCGCCGCCACAAGAUGUUGCCGAGGAGGCAGCCGAAGAUGAAGCUGAAGAGCAGCCGUAUAAGAACAGGAGGGCUCGAACGUUCCGCGAUUUCCUUGGUCUGCCCACGCACGCGUCCAAACAAGAGGAAGACAUUGAGAAUAAGGAGUUCAAUGCCGCACAAAGAGCCAUGAGCGGCGCUGAAUGCACGUAUGAGGAGAGAAAGGUGCAUGUCACCAGAUACGUGGAGGUUUCAUGGAGAGAAUGA